GCCCUCGAAUCCUUUUAUCCUCUUGCGUCGUAUUUGUGGGCGCUGUAUCCACCCUUGGUUGAGGGUUCGAAGACGUUCAUCUCAAUACUCAAGCGGAAGCCAUCUCGCUCCUCCAAAUCUAUCUCAUUGUCACUUCUCAUUCUUUACCUGUAGUCCAUCUUUGGAGUCUCUCGCUUCUUCUUCCGCUGCAAAUGGAAGGAUCUGGAGUGGUUACUGUGUACGCAAAUGGCGCUAUCACAGAGACCAAGAAAACUCCUUUCUCUGUUAAGGUGGGUCUAGCUCAGAUGCUCCGCGGCGGCGUUAUCAUGGACGUUGUGAACGCCGAGCAGGCCCGCAUCGCCGAGGAGGCCGGGGCUUGCGCCGUCAUGGCCCUAGAGCGUGUCCCCGCCGAUAUCCGAGCUCAAGGCGGCGUUGCUCGAAUGAGCGACCCGCAACUCAUUAAGGAAAUCAAACAGGCGGUGACGAUUCCUGUCAUGGCGAAGGCCCGUAUCGGCCAUUUUGUGGAAGCUCAGAUCCUUGAAGCGAUUGGGAUCGAUUACGUGGACGAGAGCGAGGUCCUGACUCUCGCCGACGACGAGAACCACAUCAACAAGCACAACUUUCGCAUUCCCUUCGUUUGCGGGUGCCGGAAUCUCGGGGAAGCUCUCCGGCGAAUUCGCGAAGGUGCGGCCAUGAUUCGGACCAAAGGGGAAGCAGGGACGGGGAAUAUCAUUGAGGCGGUUAGGCACGUGAGGUCCGUGAUGGGUGACAUCAGGUCUUUGAGGACCAUGGACGAUGAUGAGGUCUUCACUUUCUCAAAGAAGAUUGCGGCUCCCUAUGAUUUGGUGAUGCAGACGAAACAAUUGGGUCGGCUUCCAGUGGUUCAUUUCGCGGCAGGUGGGGUUGCAACUCCGGCUGACGCAGCCUUGAUGAUGCAAUUAGGGUGUGAUGGCGUUUUCGUAGGGUCUGGAGUGUUCAAGAGUGGUGACCCCGCGAAACGAGCCAGGGCUAUUGUGCAGGCUGUGACCCAUUACAGUGAUCCAGAGAUUUUGGCUGAAGUUAGCUGCGGCGGGUUAGGCGAAGCCAUGGUGGGGAUCAAUUUGACAGACAAAAAGGUUGAGAGGUUUGCGGCUAGGUCGGAAUGAGUGCGUUCAUUGGCCUCUAUUGCUUUCGAAGAAAGUGAGUUGUUCUUGCUGGUCUUCGGUGAUUGAUGAUGUAGUUGUAGCCUUAUAUAAGUUCUUGACCUUUUUUCAGUAUAAUAAGGUUAUGAUUUGCUUCAUAUGUUCAGAAAUGUUGGCAAAAACGCUAGCGCUUUUUUUGGGGGUGUAAUACGGUACUAGUGUUGUAUGGAGCAGAUUGAUGGCUAUUAGCAUUUAAUCUAGGAUGUUUUCUGAAGUUGCCUUCAUAAAUUUUAAGCAAUCAUUGUUCCGACUUGCA